ACUUCAUUUCCUCACCCUCCUCAUCACUCCCACUUUAUUUCACUCAUUCUUCCACUUGUCUCCUCUCUCUCCGCCAUGGUUCUCUCCAAAACAGUCUCCGAAUCCGACGUCUCCGUCCACUCAACCUUCGCUUCCCGAUAUGUUCGCGCUCCACUUCCCCGGUUUCGGAUGCCGGAGAACUCGAUCCCGAAAGAUGCAGCGUAUCAGAUAAUAAACGACGAGCUAAUGUUGGACGGAAAUCCGAGGCUGAACUUGGCGUCAUUUGUGACGACGUGGAUGGAACCUGAAUGUGAUAAGCUUGUAAUGGCGGGUAUUAAUAAAAACUACGUUGACAUGGAUGAAUAUCCUGUCACUACCGACUUGCAGAACCGAUGUGUAAACAUGAUAGCACAUCUGUUUAAUGCACCACUUGGAGAGUCAGAGACAGCAGUAGGAGUUGGAACUGUUGGAUCCUCAGAGGCUAUUAUGUUGGCUGGAUUGGCUUUCAAAAGAAAGUGGCAAAACAAGAGAAAAGCUGAGGGCAAGCCUUUUGAUAAACCGAAUAUUGUCACUGGUGCCAACGUUCAGGUUUGUUGGGAGAAAUUUGCAAGGUACUUUGAAGUGGAGUUGAAGGAAGUGAAACUGACCGAAGGGUAUUAUGUAAUGGAUCCAGCGAAAGCAGUUGAAAUGGUUGAUGAGAACACAAUUUGUGUUGCUGCUAUUCUUGGUUCCACCCUUAAUGGAGAAUUUGAAGACGUCAAGCUCUUGAAUGAUCUCUUGGUUGCCAAGAACGAAGAAACUGGAUGGGAUACUCCAAUCCAUGUAGAUGCAGCAAGUGGUGGAUUUAUUGCACCAUUUCUGUACCCAGAACUAGAGUGGGAUUUCAGAUUGCCAUUGGUGAAGAGCAUCAAUGUUAGUGGCCACAAAUAUGGGCUUGUCUAUGCUGGUAUUGGUUGGGCCAUCUGGAGAACCAAAGAAGACUUGCCUGAAGAACUCAUCUUCCAUAUUAACUACCUUGGAGCUGAUCAGCCUACCUUCACUCUCAAUUUCUCCAAAGGUUCUAGUCAAGUCAUUGCUCAAUACUAUCAACUCAUUCGGUUGGGUUAUGAGGGAUACAGGAGCAUAAUGGAAAACUGCAGGGACAACAUGAUGGUACUAAAAGAAGGACUUGAAAAGACAGGAAAAUUCAACAUAGUCUCAAAGGAUGUCGGAGUUUCACUAGUAGCAUUUUCCUUAAAAGACCACAGCUGCCAUAACGAAUUCGAAAUUUCGGAAAUGCUAAGGAGGUUCGGAUGGAUUGUUCCUGCUUACACAAUGCCUGCCGAUGCCCAACACAUUACUGUUCUUCGCGUCGUCAUUAGAGAAGACUUUUCUCGCACGUUUGCUGAGAGACUUGUGAUUGACAUCGAAAGGGUUCUGCAUGAACUCGACACUCUUCCUUCUAGGAUUACUGAAAAGAUUGCAAUUCUUGAAGACAAAGCAAAGAGUGAAAAUAAAAAUGGGAAGAAGACUGAAGUUGAAACACAAAAGGAGAUUACUACUAUUUGGAAGAAAUUUGUUCUUCAAAAGAAAAUGAAUGGUGUUUGUUAAGAGGUAAUUUAUUUUCAAUUGGAUGAUGAUGAUGAUUUCUUUUUAUCUAUGUAUGAGUUUGUAUCACUUUUGUUGUAUCGUUUGUAUGGAUUUUUCAUGAGAGCAAAUUAUAUUAUGUGUUUGUAUGUGGCUACAUAACUUAACUUUCAUGUAUAGUAUCUAAGUAUCAUAAACUUAUAUGUGAACCAAUUUGAAUCUUAUGAAUCUGUUGUUGUUUUAUGGGUAA